ACCAAAUAUUAAUCAUUUCGGGUCUUUUUUUCGGUCUUUAUAUGGGAACUAUUAUAAAGUCGGCCAAGUUUGCGAAUUUGUAAAAAAGAGCCUUUAUAGCGAUGAUCUUCAUGGUAAAUGAAUAAAUGAUAUUAACGAUUUUGUGCCCUAAUGAUCGGAUAUUAUCGAAAUACCCAUAUACAAUAUUUAAUUAAUAUCUACAUAUGCCACUUAAUCGGUAUUUGUUGUCAUUUUUUUCUAGUAAGGAAAGUUUAUGAUGAAGGAAUAGAUUACACAUCCGGUCCUCGUGCCGUGCGACUUUACACGUUUUUAUCCUUAGCGGGUUAAACACGAGUCCUACAACUACAUUUCUAAAGUUUGUUCUGCAUUUCCCCACGUUUUGGGUGCUGUGGGACUUUGGUGGAGAUGGCGGCCGUCCUGCUGCAGGCUUUGGAGCGGACGGAGCUGAACAAACUUCCCAAAGGCAUCCAAAACAAACUGGAGAGGUUUGUUACGGAGCUCCAAAAUGCUAACGAGGCUCUGAAGACCGAGCGGGAGAGACUCAAAGCUGACAGCGAGCAACAGUAUUUUGACAUUGAAAAGAGACUUGCAGAAACUCAGGAGCAGUUCCUCACAUCCACAAAGGACUUACAAAGCGUGAAAGAGGAAAACAAAAAACUAAAUGAGGAGCUGAGCACUUUAAAGGGAAUAGAGGGAGAAUCAGCAGAUGAAAAAACAUCUCAACCACAACAGCAGACCAAAACAAAAUAUGAAAUUGAAGCUGAGAAAAGGGAAUUGGCUCGGUUGCUGGAGAAGAGGACACAGGAGGUGGAGAACCUGAAUGAGGAUUUGACACGACUGAAUGAGAAACUGGUUGAGACAAACAAAAUCAAGAUGGAUCUGCAGUUGAAACUGGAUGAGAUUCAGUCGUCUGAAGCCUCUGUGCAACACCGGGAGAAACGCAUGGAGCAGGAGAAAGAGCUACUUCAACAGAAAAUCGACUGGCUCACGUCUGAACUGAAAGCAAAGACUGACGAACUACUAGACACGAACCGAGAGAAAGGAAAACAGAUAGUUGAGCUACAAUCAAAUCUGCAGACCUGCAAGGAAGAGGUGUCCAGAUUAGAAAGCCAGUUGACCUCACUAAAGGAUGUCAGUGAAAGUCAGACCAAGAGAUCAGAAGACCUCAACAACAAACUGAAAAAGGCAAAAGAGGAACACUGUGCCAUGGAGGAGAAAUAUCAGAAUGAACUUAAUGCACGGAUUAAAUUGGUUUCACUACACGAGAGCACAGCAUCUGAAAUGAAGGCAAAGAACAAUGAACUGAACAGCGCUGUGGAGGGCCUCAGUAAGAUGGUUAAAGAGACAGGAGAAGCCAAUAAAGUCCUGGAAAAGAAAGUCUCAGAGGUGGAGGAACAAAAGACGCAGCUUGAGGCUGAACUCCGAGAGAAGAUAAAGAAAAUGGAAAAGGAGCUUGAGAAUGUAUCAGUGAAGGCUGCUGGCAAACACUGCUGUGCACAGUCAUUAACAGAGGAGCAGUUAGAUGCUAUGUGUCCCUCAGCAGCCGCCAUCGCUGCCAUUGUCAAACCUGGCAUGAAGUUUUUUGAUCUGUAUAAUGCAUAUGCAGAGUGUCAGACUCAGCUGCAGCUUGAGAAGCAGGAGACCAGGAGAGUCAACCGGGUCCUGGAUGAGAUUGUUCAGGAGGUUGAAUCUAAAGCACCAGUCCUAAAACGACAGAGAGAAGAGUACGAAAGCAUGCAGCGGUCCAUGGCUUCACUCUGUAACAAACUGGAACAAGCUCGCUCGGAAAUAUAUAGUCUACAGAAAGAGAAAGAUGAGGCAAAACAAAAAUGUGAUGUCCUUGAAAGGGAGAAGAGUUGCACAGAAAGACAACUUAAUGACACAUCUGCACAGGUGUGUACUCUCCUUAUGGAGCUGGAAGAAGCACGUGGGAAUCAGAUUAUCAAAAACGAAGGCAGCUCCACUAUGGGGGAGGGCCGGCCACAACAAGUGUCUUUUUGUAGCAUCCAGGAACUUCAACAGCAAAACCAAAACAUUCUGAAAAAACUGAAAGAACUAGAGGAUGAGAAGAACAAGAAGCAGACCAAAAUUACAUCAGAACGAGUGUCUGAGUUGGAGACCAGUGUAGAUAACCUGCAAAAAGAAAUUGUACAGCUAAAAGAGCAGAGGAACCUGCAGAAACAGUUGGCUGAUUCUAAUGCCAGACAAAGGGACAUGUACAAGGCGUUACUGACACAGAGUACUGGCUACACGCUGCCUCCUCAAGGACCAGAGUCUUUGACCCAGUCGGCUCAGAUUCGCCCUUCACUCCCAGCCACCCGCUCCAUGCCACAGAGAGCAGCUGCUGUGGAGUCCGCACAGACCGCCCAGGCUAAAGCUGCCUUAAAACAGCUUAAUGAUUCUUUCAUGCUGUAUAAGAAGGAGAAAGCAGAGAAUGAUCGAAUGCUUAAUGAAACAAAUGAAAGAUUACGGAAGCAGUUAUCUGAGCUCUCCUCCAGAAAUGCCAAACUCACUUCUCAACUCGAUUUCAACAUCAAAAGAUACGACAUGCUCCAGGAGAAUCUAGCUGCAUACCGCAGAGAGAUUGCAGCUCUACAGGACAGGAACAAGAAAAUGGCAGCUACCGCCCAGCGUCAAGAACAUGCUCUCCUCACAAUGAGUCAAGAUCUUCGGCAGGUCAAUGAGAAACUGGCACUGGAGGAGGUUCGUGUACAGAACUUGACCAAAGAAAAGGAAAUGCUGAGACAAGCGGAGAGUCGACUCAGUAAAGAAAAGGAGGCCAUUUUGAUUGAACAGCGUAACCAGAACUUACUACUGACCAACCUUAAAACUAUACAGCUUACAAUGGAGCGCACAGAGACAGACAUUCGGCAGCGACUUAAUAACAAAAUUGAACAACUUGAGUCAGAGCUGACCGCCAUGAAGACCAAGCUGAACCAGGAAGUAGAACAACGGCACGCUCUUGGACGAUCCAUGGAUGCCCAGUUGUUGGAAGCAAAGAAACGGCUGGAGACACAGAAUACACUGCAGCAGAAGACCAGAGAGUUGCUGCGCUCUUCUGAACAGCAAGUGGCAGCUCUGAAAGCACAGCUGGCGUCGGCUGCCUCUGGGCCAGAGGCCACUGCCACCACCACUUCUGCAACACCAGCCGGAAGAGCAGUGGCCCUAAGGGCCCCACUGAGAGUGCAUUCACCUGGACCCCCAGUCUCCCAGCAGCCGACUGUGUCAGAACAGGAGCUCAAUGAGGUCAAAAGUCAGCUGCGCACUGCUGAAGAACAGAAGGAUGAACUAAAAGAGCAGCUAAAGAAUGCUAAUGCUACAGUGGAGCAGUACAGAUCUGUGGUUCUCACACUGGAAGACAGUCUGAAGAAGGAGAAAGAGUCCCGCAUCCCUCUGGAGAUCCGUCUGAAAGAGGCUCAGGAGAUACAGAAGCAGCUGGAGCAGAGGAUUGUGGAAGUGGAGAAGAUGAAGCUACAGGGGGAAGAGGACCGCAGGAAAGCUGUGAAUGCUGUGGAGAAACAAGUGAUUGAGCUCCAGCGCACUCUGAAGGCCAGUCAGACAGAGCAGCAGGAGGCUUUAGAGAGGUGCACUUUAGCUGUAACUCAAGAGGAGAAAGCCAUUCAAGAGAGUCUUCAGCAGACCAAGAUUGCAGAAGAGGCUCAAGCCAAGUACGAAAAGGAGUUAAUGCUUCAUGCAGCUGAUGUCGAAGCGCUGCAUGAUCUGAAAAAACGUUUCCAGGAAAUCUCCACAACCAAGCAGGAAGUAGAGGACAAACUAAACAAGACCACAGCGCUUCUACAGGAAAAAAACGCAACAUGGAGUACAGUGGAGAAACAGCUGAAGGAAAAUCUGGCCAAUCAGAGCCGUCGCUGUGAGGAGCUGGGGAAACAAAAUUCACUUCUUCACAAACAGAUGGAUGAACUGGCCGCUGCAACUCGAUCACAGCAAGAACCUCAGCAACAGAAUUUGGACCUGUCAUUCAGUGAAGAGGGCAAGACCACAGAGCAGAUUCUGGAGAUACUCAGGUUUGUGCGACGAGAGAAAGAGAUUGCUGUUGCUCAGUUUGAGGCAUCUGAGGGAGAAGCUCUUCGGUACAAACAGCGUGUUGAAUAUCAAAAUCAAGAAUUGAAGGAGCUACAGGAGGCUCUGAAUAUUGAACGGGAAAGGAUGCAGAAUACUGCAAAGACCGUAGCCCAGCAGGAGCAACAGCUGAAGAAAAUGGAGACAAUCAAUUCACUUCAGGAAACCAACAGGCUGCUCAAACUCGACAAAGACAAGCUCGAGCAUGAACUCAGGAUCUUCCGCUCUAAAGUGUCCAAGUUGCAGUCAGACAUAGCCCCUCUACACCAGAAUUUGUCUGCUCUCUCAGAGAAGAACGGCUCAUUACAGGCAGAUAAGAGAAUACUGGAGGAGGACCUUAAACGCUGGAAAGCGAAAGCCCAGCAAAUGGCCAACCAACAGAAAGAUGGGGACGUUGAGGAGAAACAGAAACUGAUGACUGAGAGAGACGCUCAGCUGAAACGCAUCACACAUCUCUCAGAAGAGAGCGCCAAGUUAAAGACUGAACUAGCCAAAGCCAAUGCUAGCAAUAACUCCAGUCAGUCUCAGCUGCAAGCACUGAAUCAGACAGUGGCACGGCUAACUACAGAAAGGGACAAUGCCAAGAAAGAGGUGGAGACCAAAAACCAUGACAUCCUGGAGAAAAACAAAACGAUCACUCAAGUGAAGAAGAUUGGACGCCGCUACAAGACUCAAUACGAGGAGCUCAAAGCCCAGCAUGACAAGUUGGUCCAGGAGAUGCAGCUCCUCACUCAGGCACAGGAAGAGCAGAAGAAAGCCCGAGAAGAACUGGAUAAAAACAAAGAUGAGAUGCAGAAGAAAGCAGAAGAGAUUCAGAAAUCCAAAUCGGAGUUGGAGAACGCUCAAAAGGAAAGUCAACAAACCAAAGAGAAGUUACAAGAUCUUCAGAACCAGCUGAACCAGAGCCAGAAUCAACUCACACAAGUUCAAGCCCAACUCUCUCAAACACAGACACAACUCCAGCAAAAUCAGAACCAGCUCACCCAGGGUCAGAAGGAGCUGCAGCAGGCAAAGACCCACAGCCAACAGUUGCAAAACCAGUUGAAGACAGCACAGACUCAAUCUCAGACCCGGCAGAAUCAGAUCCAGCAGAUCCAGAAGGAGCUGCAGCAGACAAAGGAAAACCUCCAACAAAAAGAGAAAGAACUUCAACAAACUCAACAAAGCUCACAACAGAGCCUCAACCAAGAAGUCAACAACCUCAAGAUAGCCCUGAGCCAAGCAGAGGCCAAGGGAACAGCGCUUCAAGAACAAAUAGACAACCUACAGAAGACUUUAGGUGAGCGUGAUGCAGAAGUGAAGCAUCUGGAGGAGCAGCUCGCGGAGGUUAAACAGGCAUAUGAAGCAGCACAGAGCUCACAGCCCACACAGAGCCACAGCAGUGAGGGGAACACAGGUGGAGACCCAGGACGAGAGGAUGAGCUCACCAAACUCAAACAGGAGUUAACUGAGAGCAAGAACCGGGAGGAGCAGCUCAAACAGCAGAUGGCCGACAAAGAAGAAAAGACCAAAAAAGCUUUCCUCGGAGCCAAGACCAAGAUUAGCCAGCUCAACAGUGCUAAGGAGCAGCUGAGCAAAGAAGUGGAGGAGCUGAAGCAGGACAAAGAGGAGCAGGAGGUGCGAAUGAACGCCAUAAAGUCUCAGUAUGAAAUGAGACUUGCGCGUUUGGACCGAGAGCUGAGAGAACUGAGAGAGACCCAGACUGAGUCCAAAGAGGAGCCCCAGGACCAGGGAACCGUAAAGGGUGAUCAGACCAGACCAUCAGAUCAGAGACAAAUAUCACUGAAGAGCCCUGCCCAGGACAGAGGAAGCUCCAGUCUGUCUGAGCCUCCUACUGCCAAUAUCCGUCCAACCCCCAGCACCCCAUCCCCUAGCAGCAAACCAAGCCCCACCCCGGGCAGUAAGGCCACCCCACGGGCCAGCAUUCGACCAAUGGUGACCCCUCCAUCUGUGCCCACUCCUACUCCUACUGCCACUGUCAUGCCGACCACACAGGCUGACAGUCAAGAAGUUUCUCUUGGUACAGGAUCAUCUGUUCACUCUACCAGCUCCGGUUUGAGCAACACACCAACCACCAUUGCGCAGCCAACCAGCACCCAGGCUACAGCUUUUGUCCAACCCACUCAGCAGCAGUCAGCCAGUCAGGAACCAGGAUCCAGUAUGGAGGCAGAGCGUCCAUCCACAUCCUCGGCCUCUCUAGCACCAGGCUCAAAGCGAGUUCGGACUGAGGAGGAAGACGAGGAAGAGGACAGCAGACCUGAAAGUUCACGCACUUCUCCAACUACCAAAAAACUACGACUGAAACCAGCAAUGGGUCUACCGGUUGAGGAAGAGGAGGAGGAAAUUGAAGAAGAGCUUGGGGACGUCACAGAACGACCAGAUUCAGCUGACAGUGAGAUGGCGUUCCCUGUGAUUGAAGCAGACGAUGAGGAUAUUGAGGAUGAGGGCGUGUCCCAAUCGGUACCUUCAGACCAGUGUCAGACUUUAGUUCGUGAUGUUAUCGUGAUCGACACCGACAGUGAGAGCCGGGAGAGCAAAGAGACUGAGAAACAACAAGAAGAUGCAGAGGAGGAGGAGGAUGAUGAUGAAGAGGAGGAAGGGCAGGAGGAUGAGUACAAGGAUGAUGAAGAUGAUGAUGAAGAGGAUGAUGGCUCUGGAGAUGGCGGCAUGAGACGUGCAGAGGGCAGUAAUGAGGAGAGCAGAGAUGCCGAUGAGGAGGAUGAGGAAGAGCCUUCAGAAAGCGUCCGCUCUGAGGACAAGCCGGGCGCAUCGUCAACUGAGCGAACUACCGAGCCCUCACACAGUGGUGAAGGCCGCAGUGGAGCAUCAUCAGAGGCUGACCCCCCAAGAGACCUACUGCACCUGCCCCCUCUCUCCUCCGUCCCCACACCCUCUCCGUCCUCUCUUGCCCCUCGUCUGCCCCAGCCACGGAGACCUCCUCAUUCUGUCCCUCCACGACUCUACAUCCAGCCCCCCGCCCCUGAGCUGGGACCCCCUCACACACAGAGACAGUCUUCUCAGUUGCGGAGACAAUCAGUUGGACGUGGACUCCAGCUAACUCCAGGAAUAGGCAGUACACAGCAGCAUUUCUUUGAUGAUGACGACAGAAUGGUCCCCAGUACUCCCACUCUUGUUGUGCCUCAUCGCAAUGAUGGUUUUGCAGAGGCCAUUCACUCUCCUCAGGUGGCAGGACUGUCCACUAGAUUUAGGUUUGGACCUCCUGAGGACCUCCUGCCUCAAGCUUCAGCCUCACAUUCAGAUCUGGGACAGCUGGCUUCACAAGGAGGUCUGGGCAUGUAUGAAUCGCCCCUGUUCUUGGCUGCUCAUGAUGAAGAUGGAGGAGGAAGAAGUGUUCCCACUACUCCCCUGCAGGUGGCAGCACCAGUGACAGUGUUUACAGAGUCUCUUCCCUCGGACGGGGCGGACAAUAUGGCGUCCCAGUCUGUUCCCAUGGUAACCGCCUCCACAGCGAUGUCAUCUGCAGCUGAUGAUGGAGAUGAGGUUUUCAUGGAGCACGAAGCAGAAAGUGCGGGUCUUGAGCCCUCUUUAGACAGUCAGGCCGAGAUGGACUCAGCCGCUCAGCAAAGUGAAGACGCAGCACUGCCAUCCACAAGCCAAGACCCUGACACCAGCAGUGCCACGCAGAGACGCACUCUGCCCAGUCAGCCACUGUUCUCCAGCCUUUUGGGGCGAGGGGGCAGAGGGAGGGGUGAGGGCAGGACUCUAAUUAGCCGUAGAGGGGCGUACUCUCGAGGAGGAAGAGGGGCUAUGGGAAGAUGAAGCUUCCAGUAGGGAUAACUGCUCUAUGUGAAAUGUCUUUGUCCUGAUGCUGCAUUUUUAGUGUUUAAAAGAAUGUGCUGCAGAAAUCCCAUGCAGUAAAUGUUAUAAAGCAUCUGUGAUUUUGUUCGUUGUAAACUUUUAGUUUUCUAUUUUAUGCUGCUUCAUGAAGUUGGCUCUAGUUUUGUAAUUAUGUUAGUGCAACUCAAAAUACACUUGUUCUAUUAAUAAAGUGAUUAACAUCCGUA